AUGAUGGAAGAAUAUCUACCUAUUAAUGUACGUUUGGCAGUAAAUAGAGUCGAUUUAAAUAUAAUAAAGAAUGAAGACGUACAACCUCGAAUAUAUACACCAGGAGAGGAGAUUUCUAGUCAGCCUGACUUCUUAAGAGGACAUGGAACAUACGUGGAUGAUGAAAACACAUUACGCGCAUCUGUAGCUGGCGUUUUAGAAAAAGUAAAUAAACUUAUUUCAAUAAGACCUUUGAAAGCACGUUAUCAGGGUGAAAUAGGAGAUGUAGUUGUUGGUCGUAUAACCGAGGUACAACAGAGGCGAUGGAAAGUCGACACAAAUUCCAAACUUGAUUCUGUAUUAUUGCUGUCUAGUGUUAAUUUACCUGGUGGUGAAUUGAGGAGAAGAUCUGCAGAAGAUGAACAAACUAUGAGAAGAUAUCUCCAGGAAGGAGAUUUAAUUUGUGCAGAAGUACAAAGUACUUUUGUAGAUGGUUCGCUCUCAUUGCACACUAGGGUCUUAAAGUAUGGUAAAUUGUCUCAGGGUAUAAUGUUGAAAGUAUCACCGGCUCUUAUAAAAAGAAAGAAAACUCAUUUUCAUAAUUUGGCAAAUGGUGCAAGUCUGAUAUUAGGAAAUAAUGGUUAUAUAUGGAUUGGAGCUAGUAAGAAAGAUACUGAUAGAUCAGAAGGUGGUUUCACGCAGGAUUUGUCAAGGAUUCCUCAAGCGAACCGCGAAGUUUGUGCAAGAUUGCGUAAUUGUAUUUUAAUCUUAGCACAAUGUAAUGUCCAACUUACAGAUACAUCUGUUACAUACGCUUAUGAAGAAUCUAUGAGAUAUAAAGUAAAUCAAUUGUUACAUCAAAGGAACAUGGAUGCAUGUUUUACUGCAUUUGAUAAAGAUGGAGACGGAUAUUUGUCGAUUACGGAAUUUGAAUUCAUUUGUCGUGCACUAUUUCGUAAUGAUCGUGGGAAAAUUUAUAACGUUGAUGAAAAUCAAUUGAAGGAAAUGUAUUCUAUAUUUGAUUUGAACGGAGAUGGAAAAAUUGACAGAGAAGAAUUUGAGAUAUGCUGGAAUCGAUGGAUUAAAACAUGCACUCGUCCAAAAAGCGCCUUUUUAAUUGUGGAUGUACAAAACGAUUUCAUAACAGGUUCUCUAAAUAUUAAGCAAUGUGCUGCCCAGCAUGAUGGUUCAGAAGUAAUUGAACCAAUUAAUCGUUUAUUAGAAAUUGUACAAUUUGAUGCAGUGUUUUAUUCUCUUGAUUGGCACCCUAUGGAUCACGUAUCUUUUAUUGAUAAUUUACAUCUAAGAGAUGUUGACCCUAGUAGCGGAAUCUCAAAAGAAGCAGCACAAGUUUAUGAUACUAUAACAUUUAGAGGUCCACCAUUGUUAAAGCAACGUCUUUGGCCGCGUCAUUGCAUUCAAGACUCUUGGGGUGCUGAACUUCAUAAAGAUCUGAAAAUCGUAGACAAUGCAAUUAAAAUAUACAAAGGAACUAAUCCAGAAGUAGACUCAUAUUCCGUUUUUUGGGAUAAUAAAAAGAUGAUGGAAACAAGCCUAUCUUCACAAUUACAAGAAAAGGGCGCGACAGACAUAUAUAUCUGUGGAUUGGCCUAUGAUGUUUGCGUCGGGGCUACUGCAGUAGAUGCACUUACAAACGGUUAUCGGACUAUUCUCAUCGAUGACUGUAGUCGUGGAGUAGACCUUGUUGACAUUGAAAAAACUAAAGCUACUGUUAUAGCUGAUAAUGGCGUAAUUGUAAAUUCAAGUCAAGUGAAAGCAAUGGUCGAAGGAAAAGAUCGCCGACCAGAACUUGGAUAUAAAUUAGCUUUAGAAAUUAAACGAAAAUUGAAUUUUGUAGAUGAUGAUAAUCAAUAAUUUUAUUUUCUUAUGUAAAUUGUUAAUUAGUAUGAAAGCUUGUGAAACGAAUAUUAGAUAAAUUAAUGCAAUAUUUUAUAUCAGAGAUUUUGCUUCUUUGAGAAUCAUAUUUAUCUAUAAAAUGCUUGAGAAUAAAUUAUUUUCUGCAUUAAA